AUGAUUGGCCUCCCCCUGACUCGCUACCAACUACUCUCAACUCUCUCUUUUUUCUUGUUUCUAAUUCUCUUAUUCCAUAUCACUCUUUGUCACUCGCUUGUCAUUCGGUUCAGCUCACUUAUUUGUAUCAUAUCGCACUUGUUGCAUUUCAAUGGUACAUCUGAGGCAUUGAAUGCAAGAAUGGGAUGGUUCAAGACGCUGAUGGAAUCACAGCUGAAGCAACAAACGUAUCAAGCACGUGUCAUGAUGAAUAUUGUCCAAUUGGAUGAAAUGCCUUUGCGUUUCGUGGAUGGACUUGGUUUUGACCAGAACGGCGACGAACAUCUUAAUCUGAAAGAGCAGGCGGGCGUGCGUCCAACAACCACAGCACGCUUGCGAUGA